AUGUAUCCACCACCAACACCCGGGAGAACCCCUAAAUUUAAACUUAAAUUCAGUUUUAACCUUAAACUCAACCUCAACGGUAACUGCCCUUACACCCAUUUCCCCUUUGUUCUCUCACACCCCUUAUGUGCGCAGGUGGAUGAGAUAACCAGCCUGCUGCGCUGCCACGGGUUGGAUGCUGUGGCCGACACCUCAGCAGAUGCACACGAAGACGACUCCGAACACUGGAUCACUGUGGUGGGCUUUAACACAGACAUUGUUCAAGACAUGUACAAGGUCUACACCGCACAGAACAAAGUGGGCAACCUAGCGUCAGCUCUGAAUUACGCGCGCUUCUAUUUGGCCGAUCUUCUGCCGGGAUCAGUGAGACGCGUUAUCUACCUGGACGUAGAUAUAGUGGUGCAAGGGAAUCUCUUUGAACUCGAGCAGUUCACAAGCAACGCUUUCCAGGAAGAUGACGAGAUGGUCAUUAUGGCCGCUCCAAGGCAACCGAGUGGUAUGUCCAAGGCCUGCCACACAGUUUAUCGCGAGCACACGGGCAAGGACUUCGACGAACGCCACAUGGUCCAGUACAACGCAGGGGUAUUUGUAGUCGACCUGCAACGUUGGAAAGAAUUCGAAAUGACAAAAGAUGCCGAGUUCUGGAUGGCUGCCACUAAGAAGACCAAACUGUGGGACUACGGGUCACAGCCGGUCAUGUGGAUGACAUCUAUGGGCCACACGGGCAAAAUGGACAAGAAAUGGAAUGUGGAUGGGCUCGGGUGGGCCAAAAUCAGUCAGAACAUCAUCAUCACGGCCGGAGUGCUGCAUUGGAGCGGCAAGAGCAAGCCUUGGCAGAAAGGGAACCGUUACCGACAGCACUGGCUGCCGUACAGACCCACCAACGUGUGUGUCAACGAUGUGCUGCCCGCAGACCAUCCCCUCCGCAACGGAUAUCGGGGCAAGCCACCUGCGAAAGAAGCCGUGCCCGAUUUGGGGGUUCCGGCAGUAGCCAAUGCCCUCGGCGACGAAGAGAAUGCGGAACACGACAGUAAGCAGCAAGAAGAAGAUGAUGAACUGAUGAAAGAACUGCGCAAUGAACAAGUGGCCCAGAAUGAGGUGAUUGAGAAUGUGGGAGCCAAUCAGAAUGCAGGAAACGAUGCGGUCGCGAAUGAGAACGCGGAAAAUGAAAAGAGAGUGGCCAAUGAGAAUGCGCGCGAUCUGUUAGAAGAACAGAGAGAGCAAGAGCGAGCACAGGAUGCGGUAGGGGUUGACGUUGAUUUGGAGGGAAACCAGAGGCAAGGCCAAGAAGGCCAAGGAGACAACAACCCACGUGACGUAGUACCACAAGGAGAGGACGAGGAGGAUAUUGAAGAGGCGAGGGAUCAGGAGGGGCAUGAGAUGGGUGGCUUGGCCGGAGACGCGGAGGCUGAGAAUGCCGGAGAUGAUGAAGAAGAUAAUGAGGAAGACAAUAUGGUUGCGAAUGCCGGGGAUGAUGAUGAAGAUAUCGAGGAAAAAAAUAUGGUUGCGAAUGCUGGAGAUGAUGAAGAAGAUAUCGAGGAAGCCGAUGGAGAAGCACUGGACGAUGACGCGCUUAAGGAGGCUAUUGCGAACGGAGUUUUGUAUAAAAAUCUUAUUGGGAAUGCCAAGGGUGUGGAUUUAGAUAUCGAGGAAGUCGAUGAGGAAGAGAUCGAGGAUAUUCCUGAAGAGAUCGAGGAUAUUCCUGAAGAGGAAGAUGAAGAUGACAUCGAAAUUGCGCCUGGGGAUGAAUUUGGGGAGGAAAUCGGUAAUGGAGAAGGGGCUGCCAAAUUAGGGCAUGGGGACAACGUAAAGGCUGCCGAGGCUAUCAGGCAGUUGCAAGCACUGGCGGCGCAACAGCAAGACGUGAUGGAGGACGCUGUGGACAAGGCGGUGAAGGAUUUUGAGAAGACAAAUCCCAAUGCCGAUCAAAAUAUCAAACCCAAAACUGAUCCCGAUAUCGAUUCCGAUGCCAAUGUUAAAGCCGAUUUUGCUUUCGAUGCGAAAGCUGGGGCCAAUGGGGACGCGGAGGCGGCAGAUGAGGGCGAUGAAGGGAUCGAAGAAAUCGGGGCGGAGAAUGGGAAUAAGAUAAACAUCGACGACGACGACAAUGGUAUUGUAUUUGAGAUGAAGAAUGAAAACGAGGUUGAAAUCCCGGAUGGGGAUGAUGAGGACCUUGAUGGUGAACUACCGGCCGACGAGCGUAGAAGGAGAAAGGUGGCUCGAUCCGCCACCAAGCGCACGAAUAAUAUACAACCGCCAACUGUAUCAGCCAAGAACCAAAGAGACAUUCCAGAGCGAGGUGUGGACCAUAAUGGUGCAUUCAGGCCCGAUAUGUUGUUGGACGAGGACGCUAUAGAUGCUGAGAUAAUGCGAAACCUGAACCCAAGGCAUGCACCUGUGGCCAUGCCAAAAGGACUAUCGGUCCCAUCAAUCGGACAACUCGGGCAAAGUGCGGAAGACAUCACGGACAGCGCAAAGGACUAUGAGGCGGCGAUGCGAAACAGAGCGGAAGCCAUGAUACGUGCGCUGACACUCAUUGAACGGUUGAACGCAGAGAAUGCGCUGUACGACCCAGAAGUACUGAACUCAGACGAAAGGAGAGGCAUGAACAUGGAAUACGAGGCCUUUGCAUGGGGCAGGGAACGCGUUAGGGAAGUGGACGAAGACGUUACAGAGGGGGAUGAAGGGGGGACGGGGGAUAGUGCUGAGGAACAAGCGGUUGUUGAAAGUGUCGAUAAUGAGCCUGGAAGUGAUGCGGAGGUUUUUACUGACGAGUCCCAGGAGUAUGGAGGUGUGUGGUAUUCCGAAGAGGAGGAGAAGGUUGUGUGGCGGGAGAAGGGGCGGCGGAAUAUGGAGCAGCUUCGGGCGGGUACGUUUGAAGGAUACUACGUGAAUGGAGGGUUUGGCGACGGGCGUGCAAGCGAGCUAAGCGAAGGCGACGUGCCGUUUGACCUGGAAUGGGAGGAGAGGGAAGAUGUCCGACGCGAAGUAGAGGCGCAGACAAGGUUAGAAGAACAGAAAGAAUUAGAACGUGAGAGGUGGAGGCUGAUGCGAGAGAGUGCGAGGAAGGACAGCAAGGUGCAGAGUGGGGUGGGGAAGAAACUGGUCGUGGAUGCUGUGCUGUGA